UCCUUAGACAUGUUAAGAUAUUAGAUGAGUUUUGCAAUGUGAAAUAUUACAUAGAUGCCAGUCAGCCAGAUGUCGGGAGCUGGCUCAAGUACGUCAAGUUUGCUGGAUGUUAUGAACAGCACAACCUCGUUGCAUGCCAGAUAAAUGAUCAGAUAUUUUAUAGGGUAGUCACAGACAUUGAGCCUGGAGAGGAGCUCUUACUGUACAUGAAGAGUGAAGAGUACUCCCAUGAAACAAUGGCGCCUGACAUUCAUGAAGAGCGUCAGUACCGCUGCGAGGACUGUGACCAGCUCUUCGAAUCCAAAGCCGAACUAGUGGACCACCAGAAAUUCCCUUGCAGCACCCCUCACUCGGCAUUUUCCAUGGUGGAAGAGGACUUUCAGCCAAAGCUGGACAGUGAGAGCGACCUCCGGGAGAUGCAGGAAAUCCAAGAAUGUAAAGAGUGUGACCAAGUCUUCCCAGAUUUGCAAAGCCUGGAGAAACACAUGUUGUCACAUACGGAAGAGAGAGAAUACAAGUGUGAUCAGUGUCCCAAGGCUUUUAACUGGAAGUCCAACUUAAUUCGCCACCAGAUGUCACAUGAUAGCGGAAAGCACUACGAAUGUGAGAAUUGUGCCAAGCAGGUUUUCACGGACCCUAGCAACCUUCAGAGGCACAUUCGCUCCCAGCAUGUCGGAGCCCGGGCCCAUGCAUGCCCGGAGUGUGGUAAAACGUUUGCCACGUCGUCUGGCCUCAAACAACACAAGCACAUCCACAGCAGUGUGAAGCCCUUCAUCUGUGAGGUCUGCCAUAAGUCCUAUACCCAGUUUUCAAAUCUUUGUCGUCAUAAGCGCAUGCAUGCUGAUUGCAGAACCCAAAUCAAGUGCAAAGACUGUGGACAAAUGUUCAGCACUACGUCUUCCUUAAAUAAGCACAGGAGGUUUUGUGAGGGCAAGAACCAUUUUGCAGCAGGUGGAUUUUUUGGCCAAGGCAUUUCACUUCCUGGGACCCCAGCUAUGGAUAAAACGUCCAUGGUUAAUAUGAACCAUGGCAAUCCGGGCCUUGCUGACUAUUUUGGUACCAAUAGGCAUUCUGCUGGUCUUACCUUUCCAACAGCUCCUGGAUUUUCUUUUAGCUUUCCCGGUUUGUUUCCUUCUGGCUUGUACCACAGGCCACCCUUGAUACCUGCUAGCUCUCCUGUUAAAGGACCACCAAGUACUGAACGAAACAAAAGUCAAAGUCCCCUCAUGACACAUCCUCAGAUACUGCCAGCCACCCAGGAUAUUUUGAAGGCACUAAAUAAACACCCCCCUGUAGGGGAAAAUAAGCCAGUGGAACUGCAGCCUGAGAGGUCCUCUGAAGAGAGGCCCCUGGAAAAAAUCAGUGACCAGUCAGAGAGUAGUGACCUUGACGAUGUCAGUACCCCAAGUGGCAGUGACCUGGAAACCACCUCUGGCUCUGAUCUCGAAAGUGACCUUGAAAGUGAUAAAGAGAAAUUUAAAGAAAAUGGUAAAAUGUUCAAAGACAAAGUAAGCCCUCUGCAGAGUUUGGCUGCAAUAAAUAAUAAGAAAGAAUACAGCAAUCAUUCCAUUUUCUCACCAUCUUUAGAGGAGCAGACUGCGGUGUCGGGAGCGGUGAAUGAUUCUAUAAAAGCUAUUGCGUCUAUUGCUGAAAAAUACUUUGGUUCCACAGGACUGGUGGGUCUACAAGACAAAAAAGUUGGCGCUUUACCUUACCCUUCCAUGUUUCCCCUCCCAUUUUUUCCAGCAUUCUCUCAGUCAAUGUACCCAUUUCCUGAUAGAGACUUGAGACCGUUGCCUUUGAAAAUGGAGCCCCAGUCACCGGGCGAUGGGAAGAAAGUCCAGAAGGGUAGCCCCGAGUCUCCCUUUGACCUCACCACUAAAAGGAAGGAGGAGAAAUCUGUUACUCCAGCCACCUCCAAACCAGCAGCCACGCCUCUCACAAGCCAGGAUCAGCCUCUGGACCUGAGCAUGGGUAGCCGGAGCCGAGCCAGUGGGACAAAGUCAACUGAGCCUCGGAAGAACCAUGUCUUUGGUGAAAAGAAAGGAAGCGGCAUUGACCAAAGGAAGGCUUCAGAUGCCUCUUUGCAGCAUGCUAGACCGACUCCUUUCUUUAUGGACCCCAUUUACAGGGUAGAGAAAAGAAAGCUCACUGACCCACUUGAAGCUUUAAAAGAGAAAUACUUGAGACCUUCUCCAGGAUUCUUAUUUCAUCCACAAUUCCAACUGCCUGAUCAGAGAACUUGGAUGUCCGCCAUUGAAAACAUGGCCGAAAAGCUAGAAAGCUUCAGUGCUUUGAAACCAGAAGGCAACGAGCUCAUCCAGUCCGUCCCCUCCAUGUUCAACUUCAGAGCCCCUCCGAACGCUCUGCCCGAGAACCUGCUUCGGAAGGGCAAGGAACGGUAUACUUGCAGAUAUUGUGGCAAGAUUUUCCCGAGAUCAGCAAACCUAACACGUCACUUAAGGACACAUACUGGAGAACAGCCAUACAGGUGCAAAUACUGCGAUCGGUCAUUCAGCAUAUCCUCCAACUUACAGCGACAUGUGCGAAACAUCCACAAUAAGGAGAAGCCUUUCAAGUGUCACUUGUGUGACCGGUGUUUUGGCCAACAGACCAACCUAGACAGACAUCUAAAGAAGCACGAGAAUGGGAACAUGUCUGGUACUGCGACAUCAUCACCUCAUUCUGAACUGGAAAGCACAGGUGCCAUCUUGGAUGACAAAGAGGAUUCCUACUUCACAGAAAUUCGAAAUUUCAUUGGAAACAGCAACCAUAGUCACCAAUCACCAAGGAAUACAGAGGAGAGAAUGAAUGGAAGUCACUUUCAGGAUGAUAAGAUCCUGGUGGCUGGGAAGAAUUCAGACUUGCUGGACGAUGAAGAAGCAGAUGAUGAAGUGUUGUUGGAUGAAGAAGAUGAAGAAACCGACAUGACAGGGAAACCAGGAAAGGGACCAGUUUCAAGUCAUCUACAUGAAGGAAACCCUGAGGAUGACUAUGAAGAAACCAGUGCUCUGGAAAUGAAUUGUAAGACGUCCCCAAGCAGGUAUAAAGAGGAGGAGUAUAAAAGUGGACUUUCUGCUUUAGAUCAUAUAAGAUACUUCACAGAUAGCCUCAAAAUGAGGAAAAUGGACGAAACUCAAUAUAAUGAAGCUGAGCUGUCUUGUAGUGCUUCUCACCUGCCAGAGGACCUUAAACAGCCGCUAUACAGAAAGUCCAAGUCACAGGCCUAUGCUAUGAUGUUGUCACUGUCUGACAAGGAGUCCCUCCAUUCUCCAUCUCAUGGUUCUCCCAACAUGUGGCACAGUAUGGCCAGGGCUGCCACAGAAUCCAGCGCCAUCCAGUCUCUCAGCCAUGUAUGACCUUGCGAUGUCCGACCAGAAUUGGGACCAAGUCCAAUCCAGUAGCACGGCUCUUCCACAGAGAACUGUAUAAAAGACUACUGAGCAGAAUGCCUUAUAAAUCUGCUGGGUCACCCAUUUAAAGUCUGGUGACCUUAAACUGAAUAAUUUUAAAAAAAAGAAAGAAAACAAAAAAAGAAACUAUUUAUUCUCAAUAUUUUGUUUUGCACAGCAAAGGCAGCUGCUGACUUCUGGAGGAUCAAUGCGACUCAAAGAAUGAACCUUGCUGGGCCAGAGGCAUCUUCCAGUUCACCCAGCUCUGGGGCGGGUUGGGGUGGGAUGAGGGAGGGAGAUGAAACGGUGGCAUUGAUACACACAUGAGCACUCCUUUAAAAAUCAAGAAGCUGAGUCUUUUGUACCAGAUCAUUUGAAACGUGAUUGGGAACAGUUGCUUUUAUCUACACUAUUUUUCCCUCUCUUUGUUAAAGCUUUAUGUAAUUUAACCCUUCGAAGACUGAAUUAGUUGUUUGAAAUGCACACUCGAUUAUUGUAGAAACUGACAACAGGGAGUUUUUGGCUUCUUUCCUCACCUUAACUUUUGCCUUCUUAACUACAUCGUUUAGGGGGAAAAAUACAUAAAGGGUAUGUGUAUAUUGUAAACUAUGGAUGUUCAAUGCUCACAGAGGUUCCGUCCGUGAAAUAAACCAUUCAUCACCCCAGUACCGCUGUACCACUAAUAAAACGUUUGCCAAAUCAUCAUAAGAACAUUUUAAUUUUAGACAAUCAUGUCACUGUUUUUUUUAAUGUUUAAUUUCUUUUUUUGUGUUGUAUGUAUCAUGUAUUUAUUUCUUGGCAAACCAUUGUUUGUUGAUUAAAAUAGCACUGUUCCAAUUCUGCCACUAUUUUAUGAUGUCCGAGGCACACCCCCUCAUUCUGCCUUUCAAGGAGCCAGGCAAACUUACCUGUGUGCACGGGAGUGCCAAGCAGUGUUUGACUUUUCUUAACAUUCCUUUUUUUUCCUCUCUCUCUCUCUCUCUCUCUGUUUCAUUUUUUUUUCUUUUAAUGAUCUAAAUAACGAAUAGAUACAACUUAGUUUUUGUAAAACCGUAAACUGAUUCAAUUGUAUAAACAGCUAUGAUUUCUUCAUGAAAGCAUGAUUCUUCUGAUUAAAACUGUAUCCAAUAUUUUAUGCUGGUCGUCUGCAAGCUUGUGUGAUGUUAUGUUCAUGUUAAUCCUAUUUGUAAGAUGAAGUGUUUCAGACCUAUGUUAAAAGAAAGAAGGAAAGAAUGGACUGUAUUCAGUUAUUUUGCCCUUCAGCGAGGGCCCAGAUUCGUUUUCUUUCUGUUUGUAAUCUCAUUUUGAAAUAAUCGGCAAGUCGAGGUACUUUCUUCAAAUGCUUUGUACAAUGUAACUGUUAUGCAUUUCAGUACAUUACUA